UAUAUAUAAUCUCGCGCUAACGCAAAUAACUUCUUCGUUUCUCCGUUAUUAGUUCUUUUCCUUCCGCUGUGCAUUGAACACUGGAACUUUCUCCUUUUUCUCUGUCGUUUUAUUCCUUUUUUAUUUAAUUUUUUUUUCCUUUUUUCUCUCACGCGGCUUUUUUGUUUAUUUUAUUAUUAUUUAUUACCGCUGCAUUACCAUGAUUUAAAAAUCCAGCUUGUCUUAAAAAAGGAAAACAAACAUGUUUCCCGAAAUCAACAACAACAACAACAAGUCAGGCAGACCGGAGGCUUUCCCUCAGAGAUCGCAAGCUGAGAGCACACGCCUGGGGUCUAACCGCAACUUUUCCCAGAAGUGUGGCACAGGGACCGGGACUCUACCUCAACUCGACCCACCUGUUAAACAGGUGGUGGUGACUAAUGGAAAACUCCUCCACCAAGCCGAUGGCACUUUACCCAACAUCGUCAAACAACUGGUGCAGAACGUCCAGCAGAGUCAGGAGGAGCGAGAGAGGCCACGGCCACAGUUCCCACCGCGUUUCGGUUCCUCUGUGGACAACAUCUCAGAGUCUCUUACCAGAAGCAUCAUCAACAAAUUUGAGAAGAUCAGGACUUAUGAGGGACAGCGGCUGCCCAUGUCACCAACAGCUGCGCUGAAGCACUUUCAGAGCCAGCUCACAGAGUUCGAGCAGGAGGAGAUUAUGGACUACACUGAGAUCUGGUAUCUGGGCCUAGACACCAAGAAGAUCCAGGGCUGCCAGGGAUCUGCACAGAAUUCAGGCUUUGAUGAUGAGCAUGGCAGCUACCUGAAGGUCCUUCACGACCAUAUAGCCUACCGCUAUGAAGUCCUGGAGGUGAUUGGGAAGGGAUCUUUUGGGCAGGUCCUUAAAUGUCUGGAUCAUAAGACCAAUGAGAUGGUGGCCAUCAAGAUCAUUCGCAACAAGAAAAGAUUCCACCAACAGGCUCUGGUCGAGCUGAAGAUUUUGGACGCACUGCGGCGGAGGGACCGAGACAACUGCCACAAUGUCAUCCACAUGAAGGAGUAUUUUUAUUUCCGCAACCACCUCUGCAUCUCCUUCGAGCUCCUAGGCGCAAACCUGUAUGAACUGAUCAAAAAGAACAACUUCCAGGGCUUCAGUCUGGCUCUGAUCCGACGCUUCACACACUCUUUGCUCAAGUGUCUGCAGAUGCUGCGCAAAGAGAAGAUCAUCCACUGCGACCUCAAACCGGAGAACAUUUUGCUCUCCCAGCGAGGACAGGGAAAUAUCAAGGUGGUUGAUUUUGGCUCAAGCUGUUACGAGCAACAGAGAGUAUACACUUAUAUCCAGAGCCGUUUCUACCGCUCUCCGGAGGUGAUCCUGGGUCACCCGUACAGCAUGGCCAUCGACAUGUGGAGCCUAGGCUGCAUCCUGGCCGAGCUUUACACGGGUUACCCGCUUUUCCCCGGGGAGAGCGAAGUCGAGCAGAUCGCCUGCAUCAUGGAGGUGAUGGGUUUGCCUCCAAACGACUUUGUGCAGACUGCAUCUAGAAAAAGGUUAUUUUUUGAUUCAAAAGGAAAUCCACGAAAUGUCACGAACAGCAAGGGGAAAAAACGCAGACCCAACUCCAAGGAUCUUUCCAGUGUACUGAAGACCAGCGAUACUCUGUUUUUAGACUUUAUCAGGCGCUGCCUCGAGUGGGACCCUGUGAAGCGCAUGACUCCGGAUGAGGGCAUGCAGCACGAGUGGAUCCACGAGGGACGGCUUAACAAGCUCCGCCCUAAAACGCGACCGAUCAGGAAAUCUGGAGAAAGUGACGCUAACUUUGAGCACAGCUUCCGCAGGACAAGCUCAAACAGGACUGCAGAUAAGUCGAGCUCAGAGGACAGACUGAAGAGAGAAAACUCAGCCAAAGGAGGGAAAAGAGAGACAGCAGAGCGCCUGAGACCGAUCGGCGCUUCUGCGGAGGAGGAAACCAACGAAGGAGUCGGGAAGAACAGCAAAGACAGCCAAGACAGCAAGACAGAGAGCAAUCCACAGGUCAGCUCAGAGAGGAAAUCAGACAGCGGUGAGCGCUCUGUCGAAAUCGCCAUCCAACAUCAGUCUCAUUCGGCUUCAAGCACAGACUCAGAGGAUCCAGAGCCUCACACUCUACCGCCCAUCAUUUAACUUCAGUAUUUUUUCCGAUCAUGCAGACGUUUGUUCAGUAGUAUAAAGAGCAGUGACACUGAGUCCGAAGGUGUAUCUUCAGAGCACAGAAAUACAUAUUAGAGACCUAGAUAGCUAACAGUAAGCGAAAUACCAACUUGAAUAGAUUUGUAUUUAUUUCCCCUGGGUUUUAAAUCAAAAGUACUAGCGGCAAUUAAACAACAAACGUUCCCAGCUGAGCGAGAGUAAGAUUGUAAUGGAAAGAUCAAAAUAUGUCAAACUAAAUGAAAGCAAAACAAUCAAAAUAGAAGAGACUUUGUAUAAAAUGUUUAACAUUAAAGUUUAUUGGAAUCUAGGUUACCGUUUGCCAGCAAGUUAACAAAACUAGCUAUUUGAAAGCUAACAAUUAGCUCAAAAACUAGCUCGCUAAGUUACAGGAAAAGACAUUUAAAAAAUAUACAAACCUGGUAGUAAUAAUAAUAUUAAUGCGAAUAAUGUAGUCAGAGUUAAAAAUGUAAUAAUAAGAAAAAGAAAUAGUUUUUCCACAGACUAAAAUAUAGCAUGCUAAGAAAUAGCGUUGAAUGGAAAGUACUGGUAAGAUUCAUUGUAGUGUUACUUAAAGUCUCAAAGGGUAUUUGAGGUAAAUUAUGAGCCUCAUGGUUUUUAAUAAACUUUUAAAACACAACAGUGAUUUUUUUUUAUAUAUGACGUUAAUGAAUCACCUUUAGAGAGUGAAUGUAGCCAGCUAAUGUCUAGCUAGCAGACUUUGAUAAGGCCUGCAAUAAAAUACAUGGAGUGAAGUGUUAAAGCGGUGAAAUGUUUAAACCCUGACAUGACACUUAAAUAUGGUUUCGUUGCAGGAAUACCUGAUAUGACACUGAAUUUUCAGGGGAAAUUAGAAAUAGGUUUAUGUUUCAUCCAUUUACCAGAGAUGGUUGACUCGAGUCAGAUGACUUGACUCGAGUCAGACUUAUGUCCCAAAUAUUUGCUUGACAAAUAUUAAAAAAAGACUCGACUUGACUUUGACUUGACAUUCAUGACUUGAGAUUUGACUUGGACUUGAGUUAAAUGACUCAGAGAUGGGGACUCGACUCGAGUCAGACUUACAUGUAAGUCGCAAAUUUAAGACUUGAGACUUGCUUGACAAAUAUUAAAAAAAGACUCGACUUGACUUUGACUUGACAUUCAUGACUUGAGAUUUGACUUGGACUUGAGUUAAAUGACUCAGAGAUGGGGACUCGACUCGAGUCAGACUUACAUGUAAGUCGCAAAUUUAAGACUUGAGACUUGCUUGACAAAUAUUAAAAAAAGACUCGACUUGACUUUGACUUGACAUUCAUGACUUGAGACUUACUUGUGACUUGCACAUGUGUGACUUACUCCCACCUCUGCCAUUUACUGUAGUUACUCAGUUAUCUAGGUCUCUAAUAUACAUCUAAUGUACUGUAUACGGUUGUGAGUCAGAGAGACUCUGCACAGAACUGGUGAAGUACCAACGGAAACAGAAAACGCCUUUCUGGAAAAGGAUGAUUAAAAAUCAAAGCUGCAUCCUGUCAGUGUUUGCACCUUUUCAUUACCAACUGUUAUAAAGAAAACACAUUUCUUUUAGCUUUAUAUCAUCAGUCAGCACUAAAGACUAAUUCGUCAGUUACCCCUUCAGUUUCCUCUUUCAAAAACAUCACAUCCUUCUGGACUACACUGCAUCAUGCGCUCAUGUCUGAUUGUCUCUGUGGUUCUGAUAUUUACGCAUCCAUGUACUUAAAUGACAUUUUUUUUACACGGAUAUUGUUCAUACUACUUAAAGCUGAAUACCAAAGGGACUAUAAUAUACAAUAUUUUCUGCAUGCUUUAACAGUUUAUAUUUUGUUCUCAUUUUAUUUUAGGUUUUAAGGUUAGGGUGAUAUGAUGAGGGUUAAUUAGAGUUAUUAACAUAAGCAUGGUUAUUUAGUUAGUACCUAUAAACCACACCUGAUUCUGUUUAGUGGUUUUCACACUGGGCAAGCGUGAUUGUUCACAAACGCGCACUGAGACAACUUUAUCGAAUCACCACAUUUUUUAUUAUUAUUAUUAUUAUUAUUAUUAUUAUUUCAGUGCUAUAAUAUUAUGCGCAGUAACACACUAAGGCACCUCCACUCUCUUGUUCCCUUUGCCACUCAUGCUACACGUGUUCUUAAAACUAAUCAUUCAUCAUCGGUUAAAACAAACAAAACCGAACCGCACUCACACCACCUUUUACAGGUAGUCUCAGGUUCUGUUCCCGAAUGGGCUUCCCGCUUUCACAUUACCUUUCGAUCCGAUCUCUUGACUUUCAAGUGUAAAAGUUUCCUAAAUUAUCAGAGCAUUAUUAUUAUUAAUUUUUUUUUUUUUUUUUUCAUUUGACAUCAUUUCAUGAUUGGGGUGCCAUGGAUUGGGGUGCCAUGCCACAGGGUUGUUGUAUUUUUUAGCAUGGAACUUAAACAGAGAAUGUACAUAAUUAAUACCGUUCUGUUCAUUUUUCUCUUUCUUUUUUAGUCAUUUAAUUUCAGCCUCUAUUUUGGAUAUAAGAGCUGUUUGUUUUUAAGUGGCCACAUCAUUCAAUGGGAGAGCAUAUUUUUCUUCUUCCUGUACUCUUCAGGAAAUUCAGAAAUAUUUCAUAGGCGCGAAUGUGUUCAGGUGACAGGCUCGAGUGAAUUUUGUGGAAUUGGCUAUAUUGGCGAUACAGAUGUUUCAAGCAGUGAUUUAAAGUGUUAUUUUUUUGAGGUAAAGUCAGGCAAAAUGCAGUAUUCUUUACAUACGUGCUAUAGAUCUUGUAGGCUUUAUAAAUGGUGUAGGUUAUUUUUCAGAAACAUGUACAGAGGAUGUUAUAGUUAAUGAAAUCUUUUUACUGUACCUUUUACUUUACAUACAGAUUUGUAACAGUAAUAUGGUAAAGAUUUUACUCUCUUUAAAUAUCAUAUAAGAAAUUGGCCUCGAGCUCAAAAGAAUCUCAGGCUUGCCAAAUUGCCGCAAGUUGGGAGUGCAAGCGGGUUAGCUGCUUAUUUUACUCUAUGCACUUUGAAUGCAUAUGUAUGUUUAAACGUAAGGCGUUUUCAUUGGUUGUUUUCAACUCAUCACACUAAGCACUAAACAUAUCAAUCAAGGAUGCUUUCUACUCAAUGCUAGGAAUUAUUUUGGCUAAUUAAUUAUUUACACUACAUGGCCAAAGGUUUGUAGCACUAUAUGUACCACUAAGUAUGCUGUAGCAUUACAUUUUCCCUUUACUGGAAUUAAGAGUCUCAACACUGCUCCAGUGUGACAAUGCCACUGUGCACAAAGCCCCUGAGCUUCAUGAAGACAUGGUGUUGAGGUUAAGGAUGGAGUGGAGUGUCCUACACAGAGCAGUUACUCUGACUCAACCCCACUGAACACCUUUGGGAUGAACUGGAACACCAACUGCAUCUCCUCACCUUACAUAAGUGACUAAUCUCACUAACACUCUGAAGGAAGCUGAAGGAAAUCCCCACAAAUCCACACAGCCUUGAUCCAACAUCUAGAGGAAACCUUCCCAGAAGAUUGGAAUGGAGCUGAUGAUAACACCAAAUGGGAUGGUGAUGCAUCUAUAGCUACAACGUUUGGCCAUAUACUGUAGUUUACUUUACAAUUAACUUGUAAGAAUGUUUUAUGAAACCUGAGCAAAAGAUAGAACAUUAUAUAGAACUGUCAUAUACAGUAAAGUAACUCCACCAAUAACACGUCAAGAGAGGAUUAGCUAACUAGCUUGUCAUACAUUGUGUUUAAAUUAGUUUAGUCUGAAAAUGUAUGGCUAACAUAAUGAUUUGUCCAUCCCUGAAUGAUGGUGAUGAUGAUGAUGAUGAUGAUGAUGAUGAUGACGAAAGUAAAUAGGUAAUAAAUGUAAUGCUAAUCACUACAAUUUUAUGAAAGAUGACGGUAACAAAAAGCACUUGAACUCCAAGUAUUAGCACUAAAGUAUUUCAUUACUAAUAUAUCUGUGUAUGGAUUGUAUCUUUUUUUUCUAUAUAUACAAUACUUAUAAAAUACAUAUAUUUUUCUUUGCCAUGCACUAGACGUGUAUGCCAUCAAUUGAGAUAUAUACAGUAAUUAGACAAGGUUUUACUUGUUUAUGUCCUGUUCAAUUAUUAUGUAUGGAGGAAAUAAAAGAUUUUACAGCAUUUAAUUUUUUUUCCCCUUUCUCUCAUUGUUGAACUUAUUGUAUAUACAGUAAAUCAGACCGAACUCUAAACAUGUAUAUCUGUAUUACACUGUUGCUUUACUUAAAGUCAAACACUGCCAAUUAGCGACUGUGUGUGUUUGUAUUGGUAUUGUAUUUAAAUCAGAAGUCUGCAAGGUUCUCAAAUGCAAAUAUUAGCUUUACUGAAGCUUUAUUGAUGAUUUAUCAGCUCACGUUUGUUUUCUCAGCCACACUCUUUGCUCUGCAAAUACGACCUGGUGUCAUUUGUGAAAUAUAGUUGUCUUAUUUUUAUGACGUGAAUAAACAUUUUAUAGUGAUCUA